AUGAAAGGUAACUGGUGGAGAGUAAAUUUCAAGGAUAACUAUGCGAUCAAGCACGUUAUCAUACACAAUAGACAAGACUGCUGUGCAGAGAGGAUCAACGGUGCAAUGGUAUACGCAGGAAGUGUGUACUGUGGAACUGUGAAAUACUUAGCUAGUGAGACCAAGUUUAAGAUAGAGUGUGAAGGACUUGUUGCAGACCACGUGACUAUUAGACAACCUUACAAUAUGUUAACUCUCUGUGAGGUCCGAGUGUACGGUAAAAGAUCUGAAGAUGGACCGAUGGCAAACAUAGGCCUGAACAAGCCAGCAACCCAGUCCAGUAUUGGCUGGGGCGGGGACGCCAACAGGGCUACUGACAACAGAGUGGAUGGAAGGUGGCCAGAGGGAACUUGUACACACACACUUAACACUCUUACUCUCGAGUGGUGGAACUUGGACUUGAAGAGGGAGCAUUUCGUGGACAGAGUGGUGGUCUACAAUAGGCUGGACUGUUGCUCAGACAGGAUUAAUGGGGCAAAGGUGUAUAUCGAUGAAGAACUGUGUGGAACAAUAACAGCUCAAGCAGAAGUUCUAGUGUAUUCUAUCUCGUGUAAAAAGAAAGGAAGUUCAGUGAAGAUCAGGACAUCAAGACAAUAUUUAACUCUGUGUGAGGUAGAAGUUAUAGGUUACGAGACAGUGGAUGAAGAAGAUGAGUUUGACAACAUAGCAGUUAACGGUAAAGCAACACAAGAUAGCACUGGUUGGAAUGGCAAGGCUAACAGAGCUGUUGAUGGAAAUGAAGACAGCGAUUAUUGGCAUAACUCCUGUUCACACAAUGGCGAUUUAGAGGAUGGUUGGUGGAACCUUAAGUUUGAGUCUGCGAAAGUGAUAGACCAUGUCAUCAUCUACAACAGAGAAGACUGCUGCCAGGAGCGAAUCAAUGGUGCUAAGGUGUUUGUCGAUGAAACUCUCUGUGGAACAGUUGAAUAUGAAGCAGGACUGAGGACCUACAAGGUGUACUGUGACACUGAGGGAGUAGCAGGAUCAAACGUGAGAAUAGUUGCUGCACCAAGGCAAUAUCUUACGUUAUGUGAAGUCAAGGUCAUGUCUGACCCCAGAAAGGAAGCUGAAAACACGCUGGUCAACUUGGCACUGAAGAAGCCUACCAGUCAGAGCAGCACUGGUUGGGAUGGAGCAAGUGCGCGCGCAGUUGAUGGAAACACUGACUCUCACUACUGGGGACUAUCCUGUACUCACACUGCUGGGCCAGGCUGGUGGGACGUAGACCUGCUCAACUUUUACCAUGUCAAAAAGAUUCUUAUCCACAACCGAGUUGAUUGCUGUGCAGAGAGGCUCAACGGAAUAGAGGUUUAUGCAGGAGACAAGCUUUGUGGAAUUGUGACUUACAAAGCAGGGCAAAACGAGUAUGUGAUAGAAUGUGACACAAUUGCUUCCCAUGUUAAAGUGGUGAACCCUUCAACAUAUCUAACCUUGUGUGAAGUCAAAGUUCUUGGUCUUCCUAAUCCCAUAGACCAGGGAGAUGACAGAGUGGUUGAUGGAGAUACGGCAGGACCUGGUGACGACCAAAAAUCAAUAGCAAAAUGCCCUGCUGGCUACAAAGUCAAAAGCUGCUCGAUCACUGUUGGAAACGUUCCCGAUAAGAGUGAUGGUCUUCUUGUGGACAAUGAUGGAGCCGGAACUUGUACGGGAUUUAACAGUUACAUAGGAAAGGCUGUAAAAGCAAGAGGGAUAUGCACUCUAGGAGUGGAGGAGAGGGACCCAUGUAACGGUGCCAAGAUACCAUCUCUAACCUACUCAGUGAACAGUGCUGUCUCUCCAUCCUCUUCCUGCCAGGGUGGAUAUGAGAUGGUAGGAUGCUUGUACCACAGCUGGUGGUCCCCUGGCAUCAGAGAAGAGUAUGUUGCAGCACACUGUCCAGAUUGCAAAGGAUAUCACUGUGAUAAAGACGAGGAAUGUGUCAUGGAGGAUGAUAAACCUUCCUGUAAGACCAAACAAACUGGAUGUCAGGACAAUAAUAGGUUAGUUUUUAUCCUUAAGGCUAGAUGUUGA